CUAGUGUUGGAUCUGUUUCUACUUCUCAACAAAUUUUAUACACCAUGAUUGGACCGUUCAUUCCAGAACAUUUACUGAAAAACAAGCGCGAGGAAGAGAGUGAACAGGAAGGACAACAAAAUGAAGAUCCCGUUGCUGAACCCAACGACGACGAGGAUGACAUUGACGCCUAUGCUCCAGAAUUGCCACCAGACAUGCUCCAGCCUGCACCAGCAGCAGAAUCUGCGCCAAAGCGUCGAAGAGCUCCCCUAGGACCCUCACUUCCCAGCGGUCCUGUUAGUAGAUACGAAGAUGAUGAAGACGAUGUUAUUGGACCUGUUCUGCCUGGAGGGAUUGUGCAGGUUCGUGUGGCAGCAGCUCAAAUCAUGGCAUAGCACGUUCAGUAGUCUGACAUUUUUACAGGAAGAUGACGAAGACAUAAGCUCCACUAUCAAUGAGAUUGAAGAAAGAGCUCGAAGAGCAAAGGAAGCUGCUGAAGAGCAACAAAACGACAAGGGAGGAAAAUUGCAGCGAGGCGACUGGAUGUUGGUCCCACCUGAAGCACAGUUUUUGAAAGGAGUUGAACAGGGCAAAUCCCGUCAGUUCAGCAAAUCAGAAGUCAAGAACAAAGUGGACAACAGCGGAUGGACUGACACACCUGCGGAUAAACAACGUAAGCUGGAAGAGCGUUUGGCCGGCAAAAAGCGUUCAAGAGACCGAGAUGACGAAGAAGACGAACCCGUAAAGCUGUCACAGCGUGAUAUCGAACUGCGGAAUCAAGUUAAUGCGUAUAACUCUGAAAAGCGCGCAAUGUCACUUAUGGACAUGCAUCGUAAAAAUUAUGUCAAAUCAAAGACAUUUGAAGAAGAAGAUGCAUCCAAGCGGCCGUUUGAUAGAGAAAAAGAUCUAAAGGGUGGAAGCAGUCGGAUGGACUACAAACGCAAGCAGGAAAUGUUGAAACGCGCUGGAGAAUUGAGUUCUAAGUUUGGAUCCGGUAGAAGUGGAUCCUUUUUGUAAAAAAGACAAACCCCCCUUCACACACCCUCUUCGUAAUACAGUGGCCACUA